GCAUUGAAAUUGCUGCGAUCCGCAUUGUGUGCUCACUGUUGUGUUCCAGCGCCUAGUUAUCGCAACCGCAACGGUGACGAUGCACUGUCUUUUGGACCUUCCAAGCGAACUCCUAUGUCAAAUAUCCAAGAAUCUAGCAAAUGAUGAACUUCUAGUGCUCUGCAUCGUCUCAAAGCAGCUUCACUUUGCUGCACUGACCGUCUAUUUCGAUCGGUUCGCCGGCAUCAAUGCCCCUACGAACGCACCUGCCAGUAUCUGCCAGCCGACUGAAGCUGCAUUACGCGGGCUUCUGUUGGCACUCUGGGUGAAGAAAUGUAAUUCCAUCUGCUGUACUGUCAACAAUUAUGACCAACUCAACUUUCUUACGCGCUUUAUCUCAAAGUUGGAGCCGUUUCGCAACCUCCACUUACGCUUCGGGCGUGGCAUGGAGCCAUACUCGAGAAAUGUCAUCUUUGGACUUAUAGAUCUAAUGGUUGUUAUCAAGAAACAGGGAUGCGAAGACAUGCUGAUAACUGGGGGACACACAGACAGAGCAUGGGUUCCAGGAGUAACAGAUCUGACCCGCGCUUUGCGCUUGGAAGGUGUAGUCAGCACCGUGGAUACUGUUGUCAGAUUUUGCAGGAAAUUGUUUCGUCGUUAUAAACGUGACGAGAAUUACUGGAUCACGAUAACACCUUCCCUCACUACGUUGAAGGUAGUCAACCUUUCAACAGACUACUUCUUCGCGCCAUUCAUGAGCACAUGGACUAUUCGGACACUCAAUGAUUCUUCCAUCACUUCGUUAACACUUGACCUUCGCUUUCGCAAUGCGCCGAAGUGGACCCAUAUCCUGUCAAUGCUCCGCCUUCGCCAUCUCCGAGAAUUUGUUAUUUCCUCCAAUUCAUUAUCACUCCAGUGUUUGACACAGUUUCUGCGACGUCAUAACGGGCUCACCUCACUGACCACGAAAGGCCUUUCCUUGGAGGACAAUGAGGCACAGAACAAGUCGGUCCUCACCCUUAGUGCCCUUCCCAAACUUAGGACACUCGUGGGAUUGCCGAAUGACAUCGGGCACAUCCUCCGUCUUCAGCCUGGCUUCAAAGCCCUCAAAUAUAUAGACAUCAACGACCCUGAUGCUGAUGGAUACAUUUCAUCUGUGAACGACUGUCUCGACGCGAUGGUAGCCAGAGACAAAGUUUACGUGACUUCAAUAGCAAUCAAGACGGAACACAUGUCUUGGCUGCUGUCACAAAGCAGUGCAGGUUCAGAGAGGGCGAUGCCGCUCAUCACAUCCCUCACGAUUAUUUGGAAGGGCCAAAAUGAAGAGUUGCCCUCACCAAGUUUCACAGCCUCAUUAGCUAGCUGGGUAGCAUUGUUUCCAAUGCUGGAACAUAUCCACUGGGGAGUGAAGCGGGACCUCGAAGGAUCACAGGCCGAAAGAAACAUCGCCAUUGCUAUUAUCAACCGUUGCCCUCGUCUCAAGACUUUGGAAUUGCUGAAAGAUCCUCCCGAUCGUAAGAGGCAACCUCCUCCAGUUGAUGUGUGGCUUAGGAACGAUCCCUUGUCGAUUCAACAAUUGGCAUGGUCUCAGGACAGUCAAUAUAGUGUUGCCUCUUGUUCUUGUCGUGAUAAAGCUUGAGGAUAGUCGGUAAUAUCCAUAUUCUGUCGGGGUAUGCAAGAUAGAUCAAGUGUGUUCCAGAUACUGAUCAUUACUAGUGCUGUGCCAGCUUAGAUAGCGAAUACCGUACAUCCUAACCACAAGCUAACCACUUCCUGUUAAGCCCGGCGGGAAACCCGAGAAAUCUAUCUGAUCUUGGACUGCUUGCCCAGCAAGGGUAUAUGAUAUACGUAGCCGUAGCCGUAUAUUGGACUUUUGUAUAAAAUCAUCAAUCAGAAAGUAAUUUCCAUAUAAAGAAACAAGAGAUACAUACACCAGGUGGGGCCAUUACACGCA